AUGCCAAGGUCUUUCCUGGUGAAGAAGGUGAAGCUGGAUGAUUUCUCAUGCGCGGAGCUGGAGAGCGCGUACCGCAGGUCCAGAGCUGACCUGAACCUGAGGAUCCACCACAAAGGCUACAUUAGGGAGUACAUCAGCCCGGUGGUGUAUGACUCCGAGAGCGAGAGCGCAGUCAAAGUUCCCUCUCCGGAGCCGCUGUCCGAUGGCGCGCACAGCGACUACCAGGCGGACAGUCCGCGCUCGGACACCACGGGAGGAUCCAUCAACGGAGACGCGGCGGUCAGCGGGACCUACACGGCGCACGCCUUCUUCAUCACGGAUGGCCGGUCACGACGCAGAGCCGCGGCGGGGGCGCGCAGUCCGACGCGCCACACGUGCACCGAGUGCGGCAAGUCGUACGCCACGUCGUCCAACCUGAGCCGCCACAAGCAGACGCACCGCAGCCUGGACAGCAAGAUGGCCAAGAAGUGCCCGACGUGCGGCAAGGUCUACGUGUCCAUGCCGGCCAUGGCCAUGCACGUCCUCACGCACGACCUGCGCCACAAGUGCGACGUGUGCGGCAAGGCGUUCAGCCGGCCGUGGCUGCUGCAGGGUCACAUGCGCUCGCACACCGGGGAGAAGCCGUUCGGAUGCGCGCACUGCGGGAAAGCCUUCGCCGACCGGUCCAACCUGCGGGCGCACAUGCAGACGCACUCGACCUUCAAGCACUUCAAGUGUGCACGCUGCAGCAAGACGUUUGCGCUCAAAUCCUACCUGAACAAACACUACGAGUCGGCGUGCUUCAAGAGCGCGCUCUCGCCGCUCCAAGCGUGACCCCAAGACGAGUUUUUUUGGGGUGGGGGGCGAACGCGACCGUGGCCUCACCCCGAA